GUACUCUGAAGUCUGAGUUUGACUUUGAGGUGCAAGAUUACCACUGAGCGGCACAAUUCAAAUACCUACCUAUUACAUAUUUGGGUAGGUAUUGAGUUAGUUUGAUUACAUAUUGUGCGUGAAAUGUGAAUAUCUUCUUUGGCACCGGUGGAUUCGAAUAAAUAAGCUCAGAAGUACCAAGUAACAUCUCACAGCUUCCUAUUAUAUAAUAAUGUCAUCAAGAGGCGGUGGCACUCGCGGGAGGGGUCCCCGUCGGCCCCGCGCGGAUUCAGAAGGUAUUCAAUCGCGCUCACUCGCCUAGCCGAAAUGAUCCGCAUGCCGGGACUGUUUGAACGCAGGCUCGAGGUAAUCGCCAUCGCGGCGGAAGAGGACGGCAGCACACCGCAGAAGGUGACUCAGGAAUGGGUGUUCCGGGGGAUCGCUAUCAAAGAGGACGAGGACGGCAGCGUCGAUCAAAUGAUAACUCAACGACGCGGGAACCGGGCACUGAAAAUUAUCGUGGUGAAGGUCGGCAACGUUCGGCACAAGGUUACCCUGUGCCGGAGAAUCACAAUCAAAGAGGACCAGAACACCAACGUCGAUCAGACGGAUCGACCGGUGGAACUCCUCAAUCAAGCAAGACUGCAGGAAGCCAAAGACAUUGUGUUCGAUCGAUGUCAUUUGUCAAGCUGCAAUCCUUAGUCGAUGCAGACAUAAGUGAUAUUUUCAUUGAAAUAGCUCAUAGUAAAAGACAGUUCAUGGAGCUCCUGCACUUGGCGAAGGAAAAGCAUGAUGUUAAUGUUUUGAUCUUACAAUUAAUGUGUAAAGUGGCUCAGUCCACAAUGGAUCAGUUGAAGCUGCAAUUAAUUCUCGAGAUUUGCAAUUCUAGUUUUAUACAAGACUUUAGUAUGUACCUUCUCAACCUGCCGUACGCGCAGAACAAAGGGAAAAACCACUUGUACUGGAGCAAUCCAAAUCAAUUUUGGGAAAACUUUCUGAAUUUUUUCGAAUGCGUUAGAAAUCUAUCGCCAUCUACCGCAUACACAAAAUGCAGACCAUUGAUAGAAAAUAUAUCCAAGUGCUGUUUAGAGGUAUUACGCGAGACACAGGGUUUGGCUCUACCGGACGAAUUCUAUACAAAAUUAAGCCGUCUCCGUGAUAUGAUGGCCAAAAAAGAAGAAAAUACUAAUGUACGCGAGACCCGAACUUCAAACAACGCAACGACCGUGGUAGUGGAAGGUGAACCACCGACGUCAUUUCGCGAGAUAAGUAUUCUGCCGACUGAAGCUGACUUAUUGGAGGAAGUUCCCUUUGUACGGCCGAAUAUAGUUGACGGUGCUUACAGUGAUAUUGAACAUUACCUGGACGUUCAGUUUCGACUGCUGCGUGAGGAUUGCCUUGGGCCCCUUCGCGAUGGCAUAAAACAAUUUUUGGCGGAACCAAAAAGGCGCAAUUACGAUGGAAUAAGAGUAUACCACAAGGUGGUCUUCACGGAGCCCUAUGUGUCCAAUAUGACGUGUGGCCACGUUGUUCAGCUGAACAAGGAAACAUGCAAAAGAUUCCAGUCAAUAAAAUGGCAAUAUAAUAAACGCUUUCUGUAUGGUUCUCUAGUCAUAUUUGUGAACGAAGAAACCAAGACGUUCAUCGUAGCUACGAUACUUGAUCGACAAGUUUAUAAUUUAAUAAAUGGAAAGAUUCCAGUGUUGGUAGUGGGAAACGAGGAAAAUCUGUCCUAUAAAGAUUUUUAUACUAUGUUGGAGAGUGAAGUUUAUUUUGAACCUUACUUUCACGUGCUCAAUGUCCUUAAACAUCCUUCGUUUGCAGAAAAUAUGAGCAUGAAGAAAUAUAUUGUAGAUGUGGAUCCCCAACCAAAUCCACCGCAAUAUCUGAUCUCAUAUACAGAUUAUGAAGUAGAGACAGAAGAUUCUAACAAUCACUAUUUCGAAGUGUUGAACUUUGCCACAUGGCCUACCUGUCAACAGUUAAAUAUGAAUCAAAGUCAAUAUGAAGCCUAUAAAUUGGCUCUUACCCAUGAGUUUUCUGUGAUACAGGGACCACCGGGUACAGGAAAAACUUACUUAGGUAUAAAGAUAGCACAGACUUUACUGACUAAUAUAAAAAUAGAUAGAUGCCUUAUGCUAGUCAUAUGCUAUACUAAUCACGCCUUAGAUCAGUUUCUUGAAGCUAUUUUGAAGAUAACUGACUCGGUCGUACGAAUUGGAGGGCAAUCUCGUAGCGAAGACCUUAAGAAACAUAAUUUAAAUGAAUUAAGGGCGUCAUCGAAAGGAAAUAAUAGUAAACAUAAUUCCUUACUACGUGAGAGGCGAUUUUCCUUUAAUGAAUGUGAAAGGAGCAUGAAACAGUUACAAAAAAACAUUACCUCCUUGAGCAGUGGUAUCGUCCACAGUUGUGUUAUAAAAAAAUACGUUGCGAAAAGUUGCGCAAAACUUGGAUCUAUUAUACAAAUAUAUGAUGCUGAACAGAGGGAAGGAAAAAGCUCAGAAGACCCUUUAUCAGUGUGGCUUUUCCAGUUUAGUACAAUGAAUUUAGGAAAUGAUCUGGUUAGGGCAAAACAGCUAUUAGAGAAAUAUGAAGAAUCUCUGAAAACAGAAAAAGAGGAUAAGAAGCAUAGUUUAAAAAAUGGUGAUACCGUGAUUGAUGAACUGGAAGAUGAAAAUGUAUGUCAAUUAGUAGAUAUAUGUUCAUCGACUAUAAAACAAUUAAUGGAGUUAUUAAAAACAAACUUUUCAGUAAUAGAAAAUUCUUCAGCUAUGCAACAAAUAAUUCCAAGUGAAAAUUGUAUUAAAUUUGCGUUUGCAAGAAUAGAGACAUUCCAGGAAAUGCAUAGGCUAUAUUCAGAGGAGAAUUUAACUGAGGCUGAAUAUGAGGCACUAUGUAGACAACCUACAGCAAAAAUGUCAUUGAGCAACCGCUGGAAGUUAUACUUUAACUGGGUUAAUGACCUCAGGACGAAAUUACAAGCUCAAGUUCGACCCUUACAGGUUGAUAUGGACAGAUCAAAACAAGCGUAUGAGGAAGCCAAACUAUUGGUUGAUUUGGACUUAAUAAAGCACUAUGAAGUAAUUGGCAUGACAACUACCGCUGCGGCAAGGGUUCAGAAACUUCUUGAUGAGUUGAAGCCACCAAUAGUGAUCGUAGAAGAAGCGGCAGAAGUGUUCGAGCAACACAUUAUCACAUCUCUUAGCGAGGGUUGCGAGCAUCUAAUACUAAUUGGGGAUCACCAACAACUUCGACCGUCGGCUGCCUGUAUGAAAUUAGCUCGAGAGUACAACAUCGAAGUGUCUUUAUUCGAGCGUAUGAUCAACAAUAAAAUACAUAGCCGUCGACUGUCCGUUCAACACCGGAUGCGGCCAGAGAUUGCUUCCCUGAUAUCACCGCACAUAUAUCCCGACUUGUUGAACCACCCGUCUGUUGAACGAUUCCCGAAUGUUAAGGGAAUGAAAUGCAAUAUGUUUUUCUGGACUCACGACUUUCUGGAACAGAAGACUACUGACGGCGGUAGCAAAAGCAACUCCCAAGAAGGAGAUUUGGUCUUAAAGUUGGCUAAUUAUUUGAUGCAGCAGGGCUAUCAACCUGAAGAUGUUACCAUACUUGCUGCGUAUUCUGCGCAAAUGUUCUACUUGAGAAAGGAAAGAGAGAAGUAUGUGUUUUUAAAGAAAAUACAAAUUACGGUCGUCGAUAAUUACCAAGGAGAAGAAUCAAAGAUAAUUCUACUUUCUCUCGUAAGAAAUAACGCAGAGGGUAAGAUUGGUUUUCUACAAACUGAGAAUAGAGUUUGUGUGGCGUUGUCCCGCGCAAGAGAAGGUUUCUACAUAUUUGGUAACAUAACUAUGCUUAAAUCAAAAUCAGACCUUUGGGCAAAAAUCUCGCAGACUUUAGAAGAAAAAGGAUUAUUGGGACAACAGAUUCAAUUGAAAUGUGAAAAUCAUCCAGACACUAUAACUACGGUUACCAAAGAAAGCGACUUUGAGUUUGUACCGGAAGGAGGGUGCUUACAGAAAUGUCUUCACAAGCUGAAGUGUUUACACCCGUGCCCGCUCGUGUGCCACGGUUAUGACAAUAAUCAUGAGUCUGUCCAAUGUAUUCUUAAAUGUGAGAGGGUUAUUUGUGAGUUAGAUCACGUUUGCCCCUUAAUGUGUAAUGUAACAUGCCAACCAUGCAAAGUUAAAGUCGAAAAAACAUUGCCUUGCAAACACCUUAUGACCUUACGGUGCUUUGAAGACCCGGCUAGUAAUCAUAUAAAAUGUCUGACUCUCGUAGAUGUUGUGAUGCCGGAUUGCGGGCACGAUGUGAGUUUUUAUGUUUAUAAUAUUGAUUACUAA